AUGGUCUAUUCGUCGGCCUUUCUGUCCACCUACAACGCCGCCCGCGCACUGCUCGGCGAGGCGGUGAUGAGCGCACGCAAGGUGCAGACGAGCGAUCGGCGCGAGAUCGACGAGGCGUUCUUGCGCGCCGAGCUCGGUCUUAGUCCCGCCGCGGCCGCACCGGUGAGCGAGAAAGCGAGCGGAGCUGUAUAUUAUGGCAACGUCGUCUACGUUACGGACGAAAUCGAAAUGUAUGUUUUUGUUAUAUAA